GGAGCAUCUGCAGCAACACACAACACAGCACGGCACAGCUCACAGCUUACGGCUCCUACACAUGGUGCAGCAACGAACUCUGCUUGACUUGUUCUUUAGUCCAACUUCGCAAUACUAGCAACACACGCCGAGACAAAGCAGCGGAGAAUCUGGCUGCUUGAAACGACUCAAGCCAGCAUUUACUAGAGUAGUCCUUCAGCUACUCCGUACGCUGCACUCUCUCCUUGCCACGUGGUCGCAUGGGGCUGGACUAUUCCACCAAGGAAGUCACGUUAGUGGCUCUAUUUAUCGCGUUAACUUUAACCGGUAUCGGCUCCGCGGAAGCAGCCACCGGCGCGUCGCAGCUACGGUUAAACCAAAUUCAGCUGGUGGGGGUUCACAACUCGUACCAUGUGCAACCCAUGAAAAAACUGCUCGAUCUCGCUCUCAGACUGUCGGACUCCUUCCAAGGCUGGCAGUACACGCACCAGCCGAUCCCCACGCUGCUGCAAAAAGGCGUUAGGAGCUUCGAAUUCGACGUGUUCCCUGACCCUAAAGGCGGCCUCUACUACAAUCGCGAUGGCAUGCGCCUUAUCGACCUGCCCACGGCGUCGAAAAUCCCCGCUUUAAAGCGGCCCGGAUACAAGGUGCUGCACGUGCAGGAUGUGGACUUCCGUGCCACGUGUCUCACGUUCGUCGAGUGCCUGAAGCAGUUGAACGCAUGGUCGGUGAAGAACCCGGGGCAUCUGCCAAUCACGGUGAAGGUCGAGGUGAAAUACUCGUCGCUGGUUGACGAGAUCGGAUCUAUCGCCGCAAUGAUUCUCCCCAACGCUUCGACUCCCCCCGAGAUUACCCCGGCCUUGCUCACUGACCUGGAGAAAGAGGUGCUGUCGGUAAUCCCCAGGUGGAAGAUCCUCAAACCGGAUAAUGUGAGGGGAAAUUACCCCACCCUGGCAGGGGCAGUGAAGACAAAGGGGUGGCCGUCUGUGGCUGUGGCAUCAGGCAAAUUCAUGUUUGUGCUGGUUGGGGGCGCCAUAGAUACGUACAAGCAGAAUGCGCCGUCACUGCAGGGAAAGCUGUUCUUCACUGGGCCUACAUAUGGGGGAACGCCAGACGCUGCUGUGGUCAGCAUGGAGGUGGACUAUACCUCUGCUAAGGAGGAUGUGCAGAAGCUGCUUAAACAGAAUGUGAUUGUAUGGACCAGAGCCGACGCCGAUACAGUUCAGGCAAGGACGAAUGAUGGGACGAGGAGGCAGGUGGCGCUGACGUCAGGAGCACAGAUUGUGCACACGGACUACCCUGCGGCUGAGAGGCCGAACCCGUUUGGCACGCCAUAUUUCGUUGCGCUGCCGUUGGGGAGAAAGGCCAUGUGCAAUCCAGUGACAGCGCCUUCGUGGUGCCGCCAUUACUUCCUCAACGAGCCCGUCAAGGCAUAGCUCUGGGUUGGGUAUUUCUGGUUUAUUGUUGAUGGGAGCUUUCUUGUGUAUACGAGGCGUUACAGAUUGUGCUCUAAGUUGGAUACACGAUUACGAACUGAUGUGCUAGUUCUUUCUAGUGAUUGAGAGGUGUACGACUUGAUCUCGAUAGGUAUAUAUUUGAUAUACGUUAUGGUUAAUACAUUUGAAUGAAACUAAUACAGACGC